AUGACCUAUACCACCACCACCACCAUCACAGCGCCUCCCUCUGGAGUUAUGCAGACAGGACAAGAGAAGUUAAAGACUGUGCCCCUCUACCUGGAAGAAGACAUCCGUCCUGAAAUGAAAGAAGACAUACAUGACCCCAGCUACCAGGAUGAGGAGGGGCCCCCGCCCAAGCUGGAGUACGUCUGGAGAAACAUCAUCCUCAUGGCCCUGCUGCACUUGGGGGCCCUGUAUGGGCUUGUGCUGGUUCUCUCCUGCAAGGUCUACACCUUGCUCUGGGCAUGUGUCUGCUUUGUGAUCAGUAUUGAGGGCAUCGGAGCUGGGGCUCAUCGCCUGUGGAGCCACCGAACUUACAAGGCUCGACUGCCGCUGCGGAUCUUCCUCAUCAUUGCUAACACCAUGGCUUUCCAGAAUGAUGUGUAUGAAUGGGCCCGAGAUCACCGCGCCCACCACAAGUUCUCAGAAACACACGCUGACCCUCACAAUUCUCGACGUGGCUUUUUCUUCUCUCACGUGGGCUGGCUGCUCGUGCACAAACACCCGGCUGUCAAAGAGAAGGGUAGAAAGCUGGACAUGUCUGACCUCAAAGCUGAGAAGCUGAUCAUGUUCCAGAGGAGGUACUACAAGCCUGGCAUCCUGCUGAUGUGCUUCAUCCUGCCCACACUGGUGCCCUGGUAUUUCUGGGGAGAGACUUUUCAACACAGCUUUUAUGUUGCCACUUUACUGAGAUAUGCCUUGGUGCUCAAUGCCACCUGGCUGGUGAACAGUGCCGCCCACCUCUAUGGCUUUCGCCCUUAUGACAAGAACAUUGACCCACGAGAGAAUGCCUUGGUUUCCCUGGGAUCUCUAGGCGAGGGCUUCCACAACUACCACCACGCCUUCCCCUACGACUACUCUGCCAGUGAGUACCUCUGGCACAUCAACUUCACCACAUUCUUCAUCGACUGCAUGGCUGCCCUGGGCCUGGCUUAUGACCGGAAGAAAGUGUCCAAGGCCACUGUCUUGGCCAGGAUCAAAAGAACUGGAGAUGGGAGCCGCAAGAGUGGCUGAGUUUGGGGUUGUCUUUGUUUCUAUUCCCAAAGCCAGCUG